GUCCUCCUCUCCGCCCUGCACGGUGAGCUGCACCCUGAUCUGCGCACACGUGAUGGGAGUAAAUACGCACACAGCCUGCGCGCCUCCACCAUCGCUAUGUUUUGUAGAUCGGUGACAGAGGGAGCGCUUGUUCUCACGUAUAUGUGGACGGCACCCCGGCGUAUUCGGAUGCAAAGCCAGCCCACAGACUGACAGCUCGGUGCUCGAGAUGUCACGUCUCUUUGGAGGAACAGUGUGUUUGAACACGACGGACCUCUGGACAGCCGGAUGAGCAGCACCAACACGGAGUCCCGGGUGCGAGUUUUAGUUCCUCGCCAGUGACCUGGACGGUCCCUCUUUACUCGGAUGUAACCACACGCCCAUGCGACGAUAUCGGUGGAUCUUGCAGCCAGUGUCCAGGUUAGGUUACAGUAAACGCUAAUUGUUUACGUAUUAAAGUAGGGCUGUUUGGGGCGGAAGACGUCAACUGGGACUGGAUACAACAUAUAUAAAUAACCGUUUCUAUUAAUAUUAUUACUUUUAUUGUUAUUAUUGACAUUAUUAUGCUAUAUUAUUAUUAUUAAGAUGGGGGUUCGGUCAAUCUAUAAGGGAAUCAUGGAGCCUUCUGUAGGCUAAUGCUGCAAUGCCACCAUGCAAACCAUCGUUGACAUUAUUCUCCACCUUGCUGCCGCCGUGUGAUGGUUUCUGUCAUUCCUAAAGAAGUCGUGGACAUUUAAACUAUCGAUUGACGAUCCGUAAAUGCCAUGCGUGCUCUUGGGGCAACAGGACAUACACGCUGGCAUCCUUUUACCGUUUCCAGUGAAGAAGAGUUUCUUUUCUCACCGAGGACUCGUCUCCAUCUCAAAUGUAGCCCAGCAGAGGCGACUGAACCAGGCCGCUGCACAGAGACGGAGGCCGGUUUGUUGUGCUCGCACUUGGCCGGAUGCUGAACACGGUGCCACUUUACAGCUCUGUAUUGAACACAUGCCGCCGGCUUGUUUCUGUAAUUCCCCUGCUGUCUUAAAAUGGACGGGCUCUUUUUGAUAAAGGCUAUUCAUGGACGUUGAACCGGCUCAUGUAGGAUUCAGCCUGGACCGCGGAUAUUUCAAAAUGCAGUGUGGAAGAGAAAACAGCCCGUGUUCACGGUGAUGGCUGGCGGGGGAGGUGCAUCUACGCCGGGCUGCAUGAGGAAUAACGAGGACGCUUGCUCAGAGGAUUUCUCUCAGCUCAAACACAGACUGAUGUCUUUAUUGGCAGCCUAAAUAGUCCAUAUUCCACACUAAGAUUAUUCAGUUGUGUAUUUCUUCGUGUCUCUGUGGCCCCCAGAGUCAAAACACCUGUCCUCAAUGAGCUGAUAUUCAAUUCAGAAGAGGUUAUGUGUUUAUCAGGGCAAAUUAUUCAAAAGUAUAAAUCAUGAACCCAGAGUCGGUCUCGGUUUAGUUUGGAUGAACUCUGCUUUAUUGUAACAGCAAUUGUAGGACACUUAUAACAAGUAUGUAACUGUUUUAUUAAUUAAUAAAGGCAGCAAUUGAGAGACCAGAAUCCACCCACCGAUCAGGAAUCAGACUGAAGGCAUCUUUCUGAAGGAUUUCAUCAGACCUGCUGUUUCUUAGAUAAACAAAUACUCAGGUCUCUUGGGCAGCUUUCCAAAAGAAACAAUAGUGGAAACAAUCAAUUAGGUUUGGGGAGGUUAAACUCGUGGAGUGUCAUUGUUUGACCUGAUGUACAUUGUCCCUGAGUGAACUUGCCUUUGGGAAUACAUGUUACUUACACACUGCCUAGCAACAGCACAGCAGCAACCGGUGAUAGGAUUUGGCACAGUUUCAACAGCGAGAUGUGGUGAUGGGGGGGGAGCAGUUGCAGCUCUCUGAUCCUCUGAUCCCUUCACCCCCCCACUGCUGGUGGAGGACGUCUCAUCUCUGUCAAUGGGCCAUGUAUGGAUUUUGUGCUUGAGUUGACCGAGGGCAGGCCUACAGCGUCAAACAGAAGUCAGGCUGCCAUGAACCCAUACGGCAGAGCGAGCAGCACAGCAGCCCCCCUGUCCUGCACCAGCUGUGGGGGCUGCUGCUCACCGCCUCCCCCUUGCCUAAUCCCGCCCGGGCCCCCCUCAUCUACUACCUCUUCCUCCUCCUCCUCCAUCGCCCCGAAUAUGACCCCGCCUCCGCCGAUGUGCCCUGCCCCGGUAGUGCAGGUGGAGAAUGGCAGCAGCUGGAACUCCUCCACCAUCUCCUCCUCUGGCUCCCCAGACUCACACCCUGGUCACCGCUGUGGCGCCAACAACCCCAACCCCUUCUGGACGGCAGUGUUCGACUAUGAGGCCACAGCAGAUGAGGAGUUAACCCUGCGGCGCGGGGAUCUCCUUGAGGUUCUCUCCAAAGACUCCAAAGUGUCUGGGGACGAGGGUUGGUGGACAGGCAAGAUCCAGGACAAGGUGGGUAUCUUUCCAUGUAACUACGUCACAAGGAGGGACGCCGCCAACUACCAGCAGCUGACCGCAGGAGGGCUGGUGGCAGGCGGGGUGGGUGAGUGUCCCUUAGAAAUAGACUUCACAGAACUGCACCUGGAUGAGGUGAUUGGAGCCGGUGGGUUUGGGAAGGUGUACAAAGGAGUAUGGCGGGGAGAGGAAGUAGCAGUAAAGGCCGCCAGGCAAGACCCCGAUGAGGAUAUUAGUGCCACAGCAGAGAGCGUGCGGCAGGAGGCCAGGCUGUUCUGGAUGCUCCGGCACCCCAACAUAAUAUCUCUGCGUGGCGUCUGUCUGCGGGAGCCCAACCUGUGCUUGGUGAUGGAGUACGCCAGAGGCGGGGCUCUGAACCGAGCGCUCGCUGGAAAGAAGGUUCCCCCGAGGGUUCUGGUGAACUGGGCGGUCCAGGUCGCCACAGGGAUGGACUACCUGCACAACCAGGCAUUCGUAUCCAUCAUCCACAGAGACCUCAAGUCCAGCAAUAUCCUCAUCCAGGAGCCGGUGGAGCGGGAGGACUUGGGAGGGAGAACCCUGAAGAUCACAGACUUCGGUCUGGCCAGAGAGUGGCACCAGACCACCAAGAUGAGCGCAGCGGGGACUUACGCCUGGAUGGCCCCCGAGGUCAUCAAGGUGUCGCUCUUCUCCAAGAGCAGCGACGUGUGGAGUUUCGGUGUGUUGCUGUGGGAGCUGCUGACCGGCGAGGUUCCCUACCGGGAGAUAGACGCACUGGCGGUCGCUUACGGCGUCGCCAUGAACAAGCUAACUCUUCCCAUCCCCUCAACGUGCCCUGAACCCUUCGCUCAGCUGCUGGAAGAGUGCUGGAGCCCAAACCCCCGCAGCCGGCCCUCCUUCACCAACAUCCUGAGUCGACUGCAGGCCAUCGAGCAGUCGGCCAUGUUUCAGAUGCCUCUGGAGUCUUUUCACUCCUUACAAGAAGACUGGAGGCUUGAGAUCCAGCAGAUGUUUGACGAGCUCAGGGCCAAAGAGAAGGAGCUGAGGUCCUGGGAGGAGGCUUUGGCUCGAGCAGCCGAGGAGCAGAGGGAGCAGGAGGAGCAGCUUAAGAGGAGGGAGCAGGAGCUGGCGGAGAGGGAGAUCGACAUCGUGGAGCGAGAGCUGAACAUCAUCAUCCACCAGAUGUACCAGGAGAAGCCCAGCGUGAAGAAGCGAAAAGGACAUUUUAAGAAGAGCAGAUUACUGAAGCUGGGCCGAGACAGCAACUGUAUCAGUCUGCCCUCUGGCUUUGAGCAUAAGAUCACAGUUCAGGCGUCUCCCAGUGUGGACAAGAGGAAGACUCAGGGAAGCGAGAGCACCACCCCGCCCGCCAGCCCGGGGGUCAUGCCCCGGCUGAGAGCCAUAAGACUGACGCCGAGCGACGGCAGUAAGACGUGGGGUCGCAGUGCUGUGUGUAAGAAGGAGGACCUGUCGACCAGCAAGAAGAAAGGACGCACCUGGGGACCGAGCUCCACCCUCCAGAAGGAGAGGGUGGGUGGGGAGGAAAAAUUGAAAUCACUGGGUGACGGAUCCAAAGUUUGGUCGUCCAGUGCACCAAAUCUGGGCAAGUCCCCCAAACAUGCGCCCAUGACCGCCGGCUUCUCCAGCCUCAAUGAAAUGGAGGAGUGCUGUGAGUUUGAGGAGUCACCAGGGUCCCUGCUGCCCUCAGAGAUCAGCAGUAACGGGGCCGCGGAGGACUCGGGGUCCCUUUGGGGCAGUAAUGUUGGGAAUACGAGCUCCUGUCAGGGGCCCGGCGGGCUGGGGACGGGGGUGAGCUACCAGGACUCGCUCCGUCGCUGCAGCCAGAGGAAGAAGAGCGACAUGCUACUGUUGGGUUGUGCCUCUCUGCUUGCCUCUGUUGCCCUCGGACAAGACCUUCUGCAGCUGGGAAAACUACAGGUGCUCAAGGAUGAGCAGGACCCCAGAGAGGAGCAGCGUAAGAAGAAGGACGGUCUCUUCCAGCGGACGGGACGUUUCCGUCGCAGCACCUCUCCACCCAGCCGAAACCUCUCCCUGUCCCUCUCCAGACAUCACGACUCCACGCUCCCCUGCAUGGACCCGUCUCCCUCUGUUACACUCCUCUCUUUGUCUUCUUUGUCUGACUGCAACUCCACCAAGUCCCUCCUUCCCUCCGACCCAGACGCCUCCCCCCUGACCCCGGUGACGGGGCUCAAAACCCCGGCGGCGCCCCCGGCUCCCGCCCUCAACCCGCUCUUGGACCUGCGGGCGGAGAGCUUUAAGAAGGAGCCCAACCAGUCGCUCACGCCCACACACGUGUCUGCAGCGAUGGCCCUGAGCAGAGGACACAGACGGACCCCUUCGGACGGGGCGAUGCGACCCAGAGCUCACACUCUUGGUCACUACAGGACGCCGUCAGAUGGAAGCAUGCCCAUGCCUCCUCCACCGGGGGCCCCACGCAUCACUACUAAAAAAGGUACACAGGACACCCUGGACGUCCCCCGGCUACCCGACCCCUCCAUCAUCUUCCCGGUCCCCCAUCGCCGUAAAGCCCCCGCUCCACCGAUCCCUGACACGGUUCCUCACUUCCUCAUCAGCCCUCUUGAGAGACCCAAGACGCUGGAGUUCGCCGCCCGGCCUCGGCCCACCCCGGCCAGGAUAAGACCCGACCCCUGGAAGCUGGGCUCCCUCUCCCGGACCCUCAGCUCGUCGCCGGGCAGCAGCUGCGACAGCCCCCUCGGCUCGGGAGACAGCAGCGCCAGCACCGCACGACCGAGCCUGAUGGACAUGGACGUGGAGGGCCAGAGUUCGGACCAGACUGUCCCUCUGUGUGGACAGCGGAAGCGUGCCGCUCUGUGUGGACAGCAGUACUCAUAGUGAAAAAACAGCCACGUCUACUUUUCUGCAUUCAAACCUGUUCCAGGACUUUAGAGCUUGGGCUGAAUGCCGACUGAUGUCUGAGCCAAGCAAAGUAAACUCACUGAAGUUUGCAAAAAACAUCCCACCACAUGUCCCGUUUUAGGCACUUACUGGAAGCCAUGUGUCCCUUUAGUGUCCUAAUAAGGUGUGAAACCCUAACAGCAAGCCUUUCCCUGAUAGUGCUCUCUAACCUGCACGGCACGGAGGGUCCUAGAGGCCUUUUAAAAGCCUUGUAGUGUGCUCACCCACCUACCUUACGCAACACUUCUCCCCCUCCUUGGAGGCCAUCUCUCCCUGCUUCUUAGUGCCCCGUGACAAGGACACACACAACCUUCAAAAGCCAGUCAAGUACUUAAAAAGCCACGUUGCUAUCUUUUCAUUCCGACUCGUCUGCCUGUGCUUUUGCCCGUCUGUGUCGCUGCCCACUUUCUGCUUGCUUCUCUCACUCCAAAGAAAAAAAAAUGUUCAUUCACAUUUCACCUGAAGCGGUUCAGGAGUGUUUCAUUCACACAAAAAAACAGGAGCCGGACUGUUUAAAAUUCUUAACAGAGAGUGUCUUUGUUCUUAUUUUGCACGCCAAUUGUUCUGCCGGAGCACAAACUUUUUCCAUAAACUCUGCCUUCAUCCUCACAUGUGUCAUCUCUCUGCACGGGAUCAUCGUCCUCUCCCCUCAAAGACCAAGACAGGAAAAAGCCUUUCAUCUCACAGCACUGGUGGACCGGUUAUAUCCUUGUCUUGUACAGAAAACAAAACAAAACAGAGUUUAUUUUCUCCCUCCUGGCACCAUCCCAACCUGUUUGCAAAACGUUUUUCUAUUGGUUUGGCAGACCAGGUGUGUUGCUCUCUGUGUGAAUGUGUAGAUAUUACUGUACAUGUGUGGAAGAACAAAAUGGGUUAAUUUGUUUGCGUGCUAAUGCUUCUUCAGUGCAUGUUGUUUUACGUGUGAAUGGUUCGCUGAAAGACAAGUGCAGCGCUUCUUCAAAAUAUGAUCUCAUGUGUUUGUCUUUUACACUCUUUACAUUCCUCACUCGCAGUCAGUAGCACUCUGUGUGGAUCCCGCUCACGCCACUGGAAUGGACACAAAAUAAGUGAACACUGAGGGAUAACGCUACCUGAUUUCAACUGCUCUGCUCUGACCGGUUGUCUUCAACAUCAGUGGCACUUUAGGAGCCAUGCUGUGCAUCUGGUCAGCCUCUCUGUGGACCAGUGGACUCUACUCACGGCUGACAAAUCAACUUUUAUCUUCGCACGGUGAUCGAAAAGUCCGUCUUGGCCGCGGGUGGUAUUUUACUUGACAGUGCAAAUUUCUCUAAGUGAGUGUGUGUGCGUGUGAGGGUGAAUAUGCGUGUUUGUGUUACUAUUUGUAUGGGAUGAUGACAAUCCCGUCAGAGUGGGCCUAAAUCUCAUUCUCCUCGUGUGGUUAAGAACACUGAGUAUUUAUUAAAGUUAUUGUUAUUAUUGGAAAAGAUUCGUUGUUAUUACGAUGCUCUUCCUGGGAUAUCUGUAUAUAUUUGUUAAUACAACAGGAAAAACCAAGUAAAAAACCUGCUUACUGAAACGUCCAUGUUGUCUCCUGUCUCAACCUGUGACAUUUCUGGUUUCAAUGAGGAAUAAGUGUGAAACGUGAUGAAUGAGGGACGAAUAAAAAAAAGAACGAUGCUUCAGUGUCAGUGCUGCAUCUAUGUUUCUAUUCUAUCCAUUAUACAAUAGCAUCUCAGCAGUGAUGAAAGAAGUACUCAGAGAAUUGCAAGAAUGUUAAAACACUUUAUUACAAGUGGAAGUACAGAAGAAAAUGUUUUCUAAGCAUCAACAGAAAAGUACUUGUUAGAUUGUUAAUACUGAUGCAUUCAGUAUUGUACAGCUGUAGCAGGUCACAUAUGAGGUAGUUUCAAAUAUUUUAUAAGCAGUUUGAUAGUUUAGUCUGCUGGUUCCAAAUCUAAGGGUCAGACCCCUCCACGGGUCACAACAGGAAUCUAAAGGGGUCGUGAGAUUAUUUUACUUUUCUCUAAUAUUUAAUAACAUUUUCUUCUUCUUUGAGCCUUAAACAUUUAUCUAAAUGAAACUCUGAGAGGUCAGAGGUGAAAUCACUCUUUGAUAACAACUGACAGACAUCUGAAACACGACAGGUGGCCCCGACUUUAUGACAAGAGGUUACUAGUCAAAAUGUGUUGUGUAUCACGAGUAUGUUAUUUAAUGUAAAAUCAAAAUCUUACA